GCGGUUCAGUCUAGGCUCCCUCCCGGGCUCUUCCCCCGGCUCCGCGUUCCUGCCCGCAGGCAGCGCUCUCGGCCGGCUACUGUGUCUCCGCGCUGCUACUGGGUCCGCUCUGCGCUGCAGGCAGCUGGUGCUGUCGGGACUUCCUUGCCGUGCUGGCGAUCCCCUCCCCUCCCCCCCGGCCUCCAUUUUGGGGCCAGCUGACUGAGGGGAGGGGGGUAGCCAGUGAGGGUAACUGAGUAUCCCAGUCCCAUGGAGAAACAUGUCACAGCUAUAAAAACCAUGGAAGAAAAAACAGAUUUGUCCACAGGGAUUAUUUACAGAAGGAGAAUUGCAACAUGUCAGAAUGUAAUUCCAGGAAUCUUAAGAAAGGUCAGUGUCUUGAAAGUGUCUGACAUCUACUUAGAGGAAGAAUCUUGGCUUAAUAUGCAGGAAAGAAAUAUGGUUAUGAAGUCUCAUUGCCUUACCUGGACACAAUAUGCAUCUCUAAGUGAAGAAUCUGUCUUCAGGGAAAGCUUGGAAAAUCCAAAUUGGACAGAGUUCAUCCAGAAAGGGAGGAUAUCCAUUACCGGAGCAGGGUUGCUCAACUGUGUAUUGGAAGCUUUUGCUCAAACCUUUCUAAAUCAAGGAGUCAAGAAGGGUAUUAGAAUAAUGGAGACUCUUCUGCAGGAACAGUGUGGGUGCCCGUUUUCCUGAGAAGUAACUGAAGAAAAGUGUCAUCAGAGCAAUAUAUCUUUAUUGCUGUCACUGUUUCCAGGGAAGUUAUCCAAAUUUUAUUGGUACCAUUUUAUUGAGGAAACAGAGUAUUCAAUAUGCACAGCUUGGAGAAAAGAUGACAAUUGUCUAUACGUCUUUUGGAUAAGAUUAAGGAAAGAUAUGCUGUUUAAAGGGACUCUGAUCCUGAGAGAUGUAAAUGUGGAAAUAAUGUCUUCAUGUGGAUUUCUGGUGAAAUUUCCAGAGACUAAGCAUUCACUGAGAGAACCAACAUUAGCAAAAACAUAAAUAGCCCUUUUUGCUGUGAAGAGAUCUUCUACCAUGUCAACCAGUUAUCUUGAGUCUUGCCAAGAGAGGUAUGAAUAUCCUCUAUUAAUUUUAAUAGUUUAUUUUGAAGCUUAGUUGUUAGCGACAGUGAUUCUAUUCACAGAAUGCAUAAUCUAAUAAGCGUCAAUGGAAAUGUGUUCCAUCAUAGUUCCAUGCAAUUGUAUGGACUCAGCAUCUCUCUGCAGGUAUUUGAUAUUUCCAAUGUGUCUGCAAAACCUGAAAACAAACAACAAAUUAAAGCUUCCUUUGAAAAAAAAAAUUGUCUAGUCCUUCUGAAUGUGAACUAAUGCAAAGCUUCCCUGCUAAGCCUGUAGAAACACAGAAACAGUAGUUCUGGGAGAUGAGACUACACCCAUGUGGAAUCAUCACCUCACUGAGGAGAAACCUGGUAAUGGCAAUUUAAGUGUGUACUUUGCUAAUUAUUUCACUGCUGAGACUUUUUAGCAGAAACAUCCAUCUAACAUGCCCAUGUUUAUUUCAAAGGAUGUCCCACCACUAUAAAGUUACGUUUUAAAGUGAAAAUAUUUGAUUGUCCCCCAAACGUGUUGUUUUUGUUUUUGUUUUUGUUUUUGUUUUGUUUGUUCCUGAUAGGAGCCAAUGGAGAAAUUUUUAAGGGGAUUAGAAGGUUUCGGAGUAAAAUUCUUAAGGGAAAAGAGAGCUCGCAUGGAUGAGGGAUUCAUUUUGAAAGAGCAAUUUUAUUUAAAACCUCUUAUUAAAAAUACAGUACAAGUAAUUUAGGGCCAGAUUUGGAUACCCUUGCUCAGGCUGAACAAUACCUCAGUCCACAAAGAGUCCCACUGAAGUCAAUGGGUGUCAGGUGGUACUAAGUGCUUUCAGUUGAGCAUGAGUGUGAUUGUUUUUACUACUGAGGCCUUGGAGAGGAGAAAUUUUGGCAACUCCACACUACUGUGUACCAUGCCAGAGGAUCUUUAAUAUCCAUGCAGAACAGGCUGGGCCUCUGCUUUUAAAACCUUGUUGGAACAGCUUGAGGAGAGAAAAAAAAAAAGUAGAUCUAGUACACAUUUUUAAUGGCAAGAUCAACUAGCAAUAGAAUCAUUUGAUUAGGGAGAUAUUGAGCUGUUGUUAAUUAGUGAUGCUUAACAGUCAGUUAAAGAAAGUUCUUGUAGCAACAGUGUGGAGGCAAAUCUUGUUCAGUGUGAGGAAAAUUGGAGUAGGUAAUUUUAAGUCCUUUCCAACCCUACCGGAUAUAGUUUUUGAUCAAAAUGGCUAAAGCAGCAUGGAAUACAAUCACAUUUACUAUCUACAAUCAGUAUAUCAAGGCAUGUUUAACUCACUGCUUCCAGAGGUUAACCAACUUGUCCGGUCAUCUGGAAAAUUUAAGUUUAAGGCACCCCAGGAUAUAAUUCAAUAUACUAGAGUCCAAUAACAAAAUUUUGUCCACUUUUGUAAUUUGUGAUUGAGCCAAAAAGGAAUUUGCUAACAAGGGGUUGCUCUUAUAUUUAAAAGUUUUGAUGAAUGAUUCCUGAUGGCAUAUUGCAUUAUACUAUCUAGGUAAUAUAAAGCCCCAAUCCAGCAGAGUACUCAAGAACAUGAGUGGUGGCGAGUAGCCCCAGUGUCUCCAAUAGGAUACUCGUGCCUAGAGUUAUAGACAUGCUUUCCUGGGUCUUAAUCUUUAUGAAGUGAAGACAGAAAUGAAUAAAUAUGUUCUGCACAACUACUUUAAAAAAAAAAAACAAAACUAAAAUUAAAAGCUACACUUCUGAAAAGCUGGGCCUUAACUUGUAAUUCAUAUAUUCAAUAUUUCAGCAUGACAGAAAUCUGAUUGCUCAUAAGGCUAAAGGCAUGACAUAUAGCACACUUCUGAGGAAAGGGUAGACCUAAAAAGACAAGUAUUUGUAAGUGAGAAAUUGGAAUACAACCGUGAUGUUUUCUAUAGUAAGUACACCUGUGUAAACUAAUUGUUCUGUUUGAUUUUCAUUUUGGAAUGGUGUAUUUUGAGUUUUUGCAUUGUUUAUAUUCUUCAAAGAGACUAUUUAUCUUAACUAGGGCAUAUUUUGGCUUUGUCCCUAUGUAAUUUUGCAGUUUAUGAAUGAAUAAUUUAGAUACAAUAGGCAAACAAAAUCUUAGAGGAUGACUCAGACUGGAGGACAUAGUAGAAAGAGACCAAUAUAGUAAAAGACACUUAUGUGUCCUGUUAGGUUCAAUGACAGUGAUGCAUCUGAUGAGCUAAUCUGUGGGGAUGACAGUUCUGCUUUUUUUCCUCUUGGCACUGUUUAUCCUCUGAUCAUAAUCCUGUAGAUAACAUCAGUUUAUUGAAUAAAUUAACAAAUUCUUUUAGAAGUGCAGCAUUAAAUGUUUUCUGGAGAUUCAAAUAGGUAGAGUAUAUGGGAUCUAGUAGAAAAUCCUUCUUUAACCACCCAAAGGACUGGUUGGGAAAAAUAUCCAAAUAAUAAGUAAGUUUAGUCUAAUGUCCCAGUAUAAGUUUUUCUAUAUGUAUUCAAUGACUGAUUAAUGAUUGAGAAUAGUUGCUCAGAUAUAUUAUGGUGUUAGUGGUAUAUAAAUACAUAUUAUUUUGUAAACGUAUAGGCCAAGAUUGUCAAAGUCCUACUGUGUCCUUAGUAGGUCCCUAAAUAACUGCCUUGAAUUUUUUUUUUCCAAGGAGCCUAAUUUUAUGCACUGCAGGGUCUGACUAACGGCUCACUUUAGUCAGGGGAAACUAAUAUAUUUGUUUCAGUGGGCUUUAGAUUGGGCCCACAGUUUUAAUAAUCUUGGCCACAAGGACCUCCAAAAGUCAUGUUCCCUCAUACUUGUAAACUUUCCUUUCCUUGAUAGUGCUGCAUAUGCCAUCCAGUGAAACCUUUUAAAAGUUAAAUAUUUUUUCCUUACUCAAGACCAAUACACCUGGGGCAAAAUAGUUUUUGCUUACUUUUUCUCUGUAAUUUUCUGUCAUUCUAGAUUAAGUCUAUGCUUCUAGGCAAUUUAGAAAUUCUCUUUAAGCGUUGCUUAUUGCAGUUUUUAUUACUGGUUGUUUUUAAAAUCUUUUUGUUUCUUUUUUUAGAUUGCUCUAAUGCUCUAGGGGGAAGAGUGUUAUAUACAGUUUAAAAACAAAUUUUGUUAAGGAACAAAAUAAACAUAAACAACUCUCAAAACUAAUCGGAACAGUCCUAGGUAAAAUGAUGACUCAAAGCUCUCAGCAAUGAGAGAGUCUUUGGAGGUGAGGAAGGGCAAAUUGUAUUUCAGAAUGAAGUAGAUCAUUUGUCUUAACUACAUUGUGUUUAUGAGCUCUGUCAUGAUAGGAUGAAAAUUUGUUAAUCUAACAUAGCAGUAGCAGUCCUUUUUGCUAAUGCACUCAUUAGUACAUUUCAGAUAGCUAAUAGUUUAUGGCAGCAGUAGCAAUCAAUUUUGUAUGUGUAUAUAUAAUUUUUUUUAGCCAAGCCAACUGCUACUAUAGCUUAUAAAAGAAAAUCAUGAAUGUGGAACAAUAAUUCAGGGACUUUAUUUCAGCCAGGUGAUCCAUUAUCAGUUUAGCCAUAUGGUGAGGAAAGGUGCUGUAUUUUUUUAAUAUAUAUCUUGUGUGUAUGAAUGUAUGUUAACUGUUGGAUACACAAUGUUUUUAUAUGCAAACUAUUGUACUGUGAAUACUGAAUGUAUUAUCAUGCCGUUGUACAUAUGCUGUGUGAUUAUACAAAGACUACUUGAACACAAAGGAAAUGUAAAAUGUCAGCUAACUACAACAGCAAAUGACAUCACCCCUCUGUACAACCUUGAAAUAGUGCACCUCAUUACAUUGCAAUUCUUUUAUAAAAUAAAAUUAUUAGAACUCUU